CACACCCAUUAUAUAUACACACACACGGAAACACGAAAUACCUAAUCUUACGCCAUCUGUGUUUAUAAAUUAGGCAACGAGAUCUAGAAGUAGAAAGAGUCUUAAUAUGUUCCCUUUCUUGAAGUAUAUCUCGAGGUCGGUCCACGAGGAAUACCAGCCGCCGCAUCCGGAGGCGCGUGAGAUUGUAGACGGUGGCGCGUGCACCACACUCACGGUGUGGAGGAAAUCGCUUCUGGUGAGUUGCGAAGGGUUCACGGUGAUCGAUUGGAAAGGAGAUCUGGUGUAUCGGGUCGAUAACUACGCCCGAACCCGACCCGAAGAGCUCCUCCUCAUGGACAAAGACGGCAACUCCGUCCUCUUCAUGCGCCGUCUUAAGAAAUUUACAAUGGUGGACAGAUGGGGUAUAUAUGACGCCAAGGACACUGAGGAUACAAAUGCAAUUAAACCACCGAAGCGUCCGAUUUGGUGCGUCAAGAAGAACGUCAACGCAAAGAUUUUGGGCAACAGUUCCGACAUUCUGGCGUACGUUUAUUACGGGCCGUUCGAUAAGAAGCACGCCUACGUCAUCAAAGGAUCGUACGGUUGUAGAUCGUGCAAAGUAGUACACGGUUCGUCGAACCGGACAGUGUCGGAGAUCAAGACGAAACAGGCUAAACCCGAAGGGGUUCGGUUCGGUUUAGAUGUUUUUGAUUUGGUCGUGUAUCCCGGUUUCGACCCCGGUCUAGCAAUGGCUCUGGUUUUGCUGUUAGACCGAAUGUUUUCUUGAUCGUCACUUUGUAAAAUAAAAAGUUUUGAGGCUUUUCUACAUAACUUGUAGAAAAAAUGAAAUUGAAAUGUAUAGCUGCUCUAGUAGCAGUUGGUUUUAAUAUUUUCAAAACGUCUUUUUCCU